CCACUAUAUCCAUCUCAAUAGAAUAUAUCCCUUUUUUUUUAAAAAAAAAAAAAACUUCCCCUAAACGAAAGAUGGGAAUUCUGGAACUGAAUUCAGGUGCCCGCUUAGCAGCUUCUUUCUCAGUGUCGUCUCACAGCUUGAAGAGCAGUAACUUUUUUCCAGCUCCUACCAAUGCCAGAACUUGUGCAAGGUUCCAAGGCGCGGAUAAGCAGCACCUCAACUUGAACUUGUCCAAAGGAAAAAUCAGAGCUGUUGGGUCUUCUGCUCCAGAUAGCCAAUCAGCCGAGACCAGCACAACUUCACAUGAGCCUCCUGCAGUCAACUUUGCAUUCGUUAGCUCAGUUUUGCUUCCUGAUGGAACACCUGACGUGCAUUUUCGCAAAGCUUGCGGGGGCCAGAAACUCAGAGACAUAAUGCUUGAUUCUAAUGUUGAGUUGUAUGGACCAUAUGCAAGACCUUUGCUAAAUUGUGGUGGAGGAGGAACCUGUGGGACGUGCAUUGUGGAGGUUGUUGAAGGGAGAGAGCUAUUAAGCCCUCGCACGGAGAAAGAGAAAGAAAAGCUCAAACGGGUUUCUUUUAUUUCCUUAACAAUCAUUACAAGUCCAAGAAGAAAUCCAAGAAAUUGGAGACUUGCUUGUCAAACCACCGUUGGCAAACCAGAUUCGACGGGGCUGGUUGUGAUUCAACAACUACCUGAAUGGAAAAUGCACGAAUGGAAUUAUGGGAAGCAGCCACCCCCAGAAGAUGCAUCUUGUUACUUCUUAUAAUUUUGCAAAUUAUAAUUGGCGUUUGUUAAGAAUUUCCCCUGGAUGAUCAGUAACACACGUAUACUCUGGGUUGCAAAAUCUCCGACUUUACACAGAACAGAAAGGUGGCCCAAGCAGCAGAUACGCAGAAGAACCGGCAAAAUAGUGAGAGUAAAUAAUCUCUAUAUAGGGAGCCUUGAUCCAAUUUCAUUUUACCCUUGUGUUUUUUUUUUCCUUUUCCUUUUAUUGUGUUUCUUCCUAGCCUAGCAGGCUUCUGCUUCAUCAAAGCCAAUUGUGCCGCCUUAGCAUUGCUCAAUGCAGCCUGGCAGACUAAUUCUGUCAAUACAUUGGCUCUCCCUGCCCUUUUUUUUUUUUGUGUUUUUUUGGCUUUCCAUGCUUGUGUAGCAUGUCAAGACUUGCAUAAAAUAUUAUAAUACUUUAAUCUGUGGGUGAUGCAUAUUAA